GUCAAUGUCAAAUGAAGAAAUCUUAAUUUAACAAUAACAGCGGUUGAAACUUGAAAGCCAAACAAAACGAAAAGUUUAUAAAAUGUAUUUAACAAACAACAGUUGAAAGUGUUAAGAAAGCUUGUUGCUUGAUCUAAAAUUUUGUGGAAUCGCAACAUAGCACAAAAUCAUUGGAAAAAUGAGAUUCAAAAGAACCUCGCAACGAACAUUAAGUGAGGAAUUAACACAGCGGAAAAGGCAGAAGAAUAUUAUAACCGAUGACUACUUUGGUAAAACACUAAAAGAGUGCGGUUUAGAGCUACACGAUAGCCCUGAUAAAUGUGUUACUUCGCAUGAAACCAUUGUUAUCAUACGAAACCUAAAGAAAAACUUGCAAAAACACCCAGAUUACCCCAACAACGUAUCUGAGUUUUACUCAAAUUUCCUAAAACGGUGUAAAGAUUUGACCGACUUCAGGCAUUAUCUGUUUCCUAAUAUCGUCAGAAAAAGUGAUAGUUCUGAAUGUUGUACAGUGUCUGAUAGUUUAGUGAAAAUUUUACUCAGUGUACCAAAUAUUCAGACCAAGUUGAUUGACUUAAUUUUCGAAAAAGCUAUAGAUUUAGCUGCUGAUAACAAAUGUGGGCCAUUCAUUCAAAUGAUACUAAAAUGCUUCUCUUCCUUAGAUAAUAUUGUUGACAGUGACAAAAUUUCCGUACAUCUCAUCAACCUUUUAGAUGUGACUACAGAACAUAUGGUACGCUUAGAAAUCAUAACAGCCAUUCCCGAUAUAAUAGGGGAUCAAGCACAUGAGAACAUAGCAGCGGAAAUGAGUAGGAUCUUAAGCGAAGACCAUGACCUUAUCCCUGCCAUAUUGGAUUGUCUCUCUUAUCUUUGUUUGUCCGACGAGCAGUAUGAAAAGCUACAGAAAAAGACUUUAAAUAUACUAAUGACAAUAUCAAAAUGCAAUAAUUUUUCUAACUUUGUCAAAUUUCUCCUUAUUCCUGGACGCACAACAGACUCUGCUUAUUUGGAAGUGGUUCAGGGAUUGAGAAAUGCAUUAAGUUGGUCAACCUCUAUUGAUAAACCUGAGGAGAUAGUGUCUAGCCAGGUUCUUACUGCUACUGCAAUAAGGAACUCCAUUGUGUCAUCUAAAGUAAUAGCUAAUGCUUGGUUCAAAGCAGCUUCCUUGUGCAAUCGCAAUACAGACCAUAAACCAAUAGAUUUUGUAAUAAUGUUAAUUCUAUAUUCCACAUCAGAGGAAAGGCAAAAGCAGUUAGAGAGUUUAAUUCGGAAACAAAUAAAAAACAAUAUAUUGAAUGAAGAACUAAUCGAUGAAACAUUUUACAAAUUCAAACCGAUACUCAAAGACUAUCUAAAGCAUCUAAUAAGCUUGACAAAUUCUCUCUUGGAGGUUAAGGCUGAACCUGUUAUUCAAAAUUUUGGUUCUCAUCUUUAUACUACAAUGUUAUCUCAGCUUGACGAGUUUUGUCAGACUAUAGUAGCAGAAUUAUUGCAACUGGGUUUAGAUUCCAAACAAUGUGUCAUAAAUAUACUGUCAAUUUUAAAUAAAGUUGCAUCAAAAGAUAUGUCUAUAUUGAAACCGCAAAGUGUACAAAUGAUGAAAUUAUUAGAUCGAAUGGAUGACAUGACCUUACCUGAAGUAAGAGCUGUGAUGAAUUUGCUUUGUGGCCUUGCAUACAGCUAUGAGAACUCGGUUAUCAGGAAUGAUAUUCAUAUGAUUAUUUGGAAAGAGUUGGGUAGCUCCAAUCCCACUAUUAAAGUUCAAGGAAUACUAGCUGGUAUACAUGCUGUUAAGUAUCUCAUAGCUUCCAAAGAUGGAGAAGACCUAUCAAUUGAUUCAAUGGAUGAAAUUGGGAAUACUUCAGCAAACCAUAUGAUUGAAGGUGAUCUUCAAGAGGCUGCACAAAUCAUAGAAUCAAUCAGUAACAACACUAGACAACUACCUGAUAUAACAGCAUUCUUUUAUGAUGAAUUAUGUAAGAUAAUCCAAUCAUUGAGUUAUAUUAAUAAACAUUUUCUACAUUGGCUAACUGAUGCAGUCACUAAUGAUCUUGAGCAAAAUUUCAUAGUCAACAAUUUGGAACACAAUACAAUUGACAACCUUAAACUUGACAUACAAUUUUGUUUAAACUCAGACAGUGAAAUAGAUGAAGCUAUAGCCAUUAAUAUUGCAGGCAUGACGUUGUUAGCCAAGGAUGAUGUUAAUAUUCAGAUUUUGUCUCCAUUAUUUCAGCUUGUACAGACAUUACAUGCCCGAAAAUACAAUGGUGAUUUGUCGAAAAUUGAUGCAUUACUAGGAUGCCCAGUUGUUAUGCCUAUCUUCGAUGUUGAUUCAAUUGAGGACAUGAGUUUUAGUACUGUUUCUCAUAUUUUGGAUUGCCAAAUACACUGUGCAAAUUGGUUCCGGGAAAUUGUAAAUGCGUUUGCUUCACAAACUGAUUUUGUUUUAAAAACAAAAAUCUUUAGUAGAGUUGCACAUCUUCAAAAAUUAGAAAAUUUGAUAAGCACAAUAUUAUUAAAAAUCAAUUUUAUAUACAAGCCCCCAGCAAACAUAUCUGGUUUAAAGAAUAACAAACAAAACACAAAAAACAAUACUAAAAAACAAAACAUUAAACCAAAUAUUCCAAAAAAGGCAACAAAUGAAGAAUCUAUUCUACCAGAAACACUGAAGUCACAAUCAUCUGUUAACAAUAAUAAAAUUGUAAUUAAAAAUAGACUUGGACAUGUACAAAAUAUUACUUUUCGACCAUUUAAUCUUAACAUUUUGAAUCUUCUUAAUACCAAUCUCACAGAUGGUAAUGAUGAGGAAAUGGGGUUAAACAUUGAAAAAUUACCCUUUCUUUUGAAAUGCGUUAACUGCAGUCUUGAAAAUUUAUUGAUUUCAAGAAUUAAAAAAAAGACAUUUCUGACAAAGCAAGGCUCUGCAGAAACUUAUGAUAGUAUAAAAUCUGAAGAGUGUGCACAGUCUGUUAGUGUAAUAAUACCAAAGAUAAUUAGCCACAUGGGUGUUAUUACAUCGCAAUUAGAUAAGUCAUUGGUACGCGAUGAAGACGAUAAUGAAGAAGUUUUAAUAAGUGAUGAAAUUUCAGACCACAUUCUAAGUUUGGAAUACAUAUUUAAUAUGUUUACAAUAUAUUUUAAAUGGAUUGGAUUUAAGAUUCAGCAUAAAGCACUUUUAGAGACUUCGUUGCGCUCCAUUGCAAGUUUAGAUAAUGAUAAAUCAACUUUUCUUCAAAAUUUAUUGGUGACAGUUGCUAAAUAUUUUCAAAAGCAUGAAAAAUAUUGUGUUCAACUAACUACUGCAGUGUCACUACUCGAUGUUGUUAGCGCUCUCCAAGAACAUACUUCAAGCGAGACUGUAACAAAAAUAUUGAGAAAAAUGGCCCAACAUUUUCUUUCCCGAGAAUGGAAAACUGCGAAUGGAGCGGCAGAAAAAGGUUUUUAUUUUAAUCAGAGUAUUGAUAACUUUGUACAACUUAAUCUCAAACAUAUCGAAAUAUCAGAACUGAAAAAUACCGUUCUUUUACUAAUAAACGACGUGCAAAUGUUAAAAAAUCGAAACAGCACAUUGAAUUCAUUUCCAAGUAUUAAUAAAUCCAAUUUACACAUUUUGUAUAAAAACCUGGGCAGUGCUCUUCAGGAAUCAGCUCAAACUUUUUUAAAUAAAGGCUUAACCAAUUUAGAGCAUUUAGAUCUAUGGAGGGAUGUCUUAUUCAUUUUGAAAUGUUUGUCCGAACUGGCUAAAACCCUCAAAGUUCGAAAUAUUUUGAUCGCUUUUUACAAAAAAAGCCUUCCAAUAAUUAGAUUAUUCGUGCAACUCGGAAUACCUAUAAUAGAAUUGGAGUUUAAGGCCAAAACAAAAGAUAUACAGGAACUUUUGGCGACCUUACAGCAGUCUACGAGGUUUCUGCAGACAUUAGGCCGCCAUUUCCGGGCUAAGAAAGAUAGAGCUUUGCUGGGCAAAGUGCCCUAUAUGAAGCAGUUGCUGGAAACACUUCUAUAUAAAGUGAAAGCUGUAUUAGCUGCGAACGAUUGUCCUGGCGCGUUUUGGAUGGGCACCCUCAAGAAUAAGAAUAUAGAUGGCGAAGUAAUUGCGACACAGCAGAGUAUAGAAAGUGAUGGCUCAGAAGAGGAUGGUGACGAGCAGCUGCCAGAUGAUAGUGAUGAUUCUGAUAAUGAAAUUCUUAAUCCUGAUUCAAGGAGUGCCAGUGUUAUAGUGUGAAUAUGAUGAUUAUACCUUUUUCUUAACAUUAUUCAUGUAUACACUAACCUUACCGAAUAAGAUUCAGCACAUUCUGGUGUUACCAAUAUUUGUGCUAGACCUUUGUUAUGAAAAUUGUCUAAGACAAAACUUUAAGCUUUUCUUUGUCAUAUAUCACUUACACAUAUCUUGUCUACUAGCUACCCUUAGUUGUGAAAAUUAGAUUACAGAGCCCCUAGUGCAAUUUAUAACGUUAAAAAUGCAGAAUUAUAGAUUUACGCUACAAGUGACGUUAGUUUAUAUGAAACUUGUAUUAAGAUUUUAGGAUACAAUAAAUACUUUCACUCUAAUCUUCAGUGAACGAAAUAACAAAUUGUUAUUCGAAACAGCACCAUUGACACGCACGUCAUACAUGAUUGGUUCUACUGUAUGUCAUGCAGCACGGGACGAGCCUUGAUUGGCCGGCAGUUAAUCCGUCAGCAUUGUGACUAGCUAACUUAACGCAUUCGAUUUCGGGGUACACUUCAUAAGCCACUCCCACCGAGGCUAUGUCUUCGAUACGGGCUAUUUUUGGGUUAGUGCUUCUGUUUUUUCGUUCGCUGCUAAUCUUAAAUGUUUAAUAAGUAGCAUUAUCAUUGUACAGAUACGAUUGUCAGAACAUUCUAAGAGUGUCUAAGACGCAAUGUCUUAGCUUAUUUCAGAUUUCAGUAGCAACGCGUGUAGCUGCGCGAAAAACUUCUAUGUAAAAUCUCUUAAGUAUAGAGCGUAUCUACUGAUAAAUUGACGUUACUUUGUGGAAUUCCAUUAUAUAUUAUGAAAAUGAAGCUCAAUUCGCUAUGCUCCGCGUAAAGGAGGUAUACAUUAUGUGGAUUAAGUAUAGAAGGAGGAUUGAAGAAAUUAUAAAUUGCACCUUACGGCGGAUUCUCCUGCUUUAAGCGGAGU